AAAAAGGAGAAGAGUGUAUAAUGUAGUUGUUCGGAAAUGGAAGACAAGCAAGAGAAGAUGGAGCAGGAAAUGGAAUCUUGGUCCGAAGGAGAUAUAACCUCCCGAUGUGAAGCCACUGGUUCAGACGAUAGUGAGGACUGCGUAGAGAUUACGCUCGACUUUCGAGACGACAGCCUCGGCUCACUGAAGCUGGAAAAGAAUAAGCCGAUGGCAGUUCUCCGGUCGGUUGUUUCGGGGAAGCUGAAAACGAUGGUGAAGUCCUUGUCGUUGUCUUCACGCAGGCUCGACCGGUGUAAGUCAGGUGCUAUGUUUGCUCUUAGAGGCUUGAGGUUUAUAACCCAAAACGACGCCGUUGGUAGAGGCUGGGAUGAUGUUGAAAAGAGAUUCGAUGAGUUGGCUGUUGAAGGGAAGCUCCCAAAAUCUAAAUUUGGACAUUGCAUAGGAAUGGCUGAAUCGAGCGAAUUUGUGAAUGAGCUAUUCGAGGCGUUGGUCCGAAGGAGAGGGACUACGUCGAUCUCCAAAACUGAACUAUUCGAUUUCUGGGAGCAGAUCGCAGGCGAUAGUUUUGAUGCUAGGCUGCAAAUCUUUUUCGAUAUGGUGGACAAAGACUUGGACGGUCGUAUUACGGGAGAAGAGGUUAAGGAG